GUCUGCGUGUGUGUGUGUACGGCAGGGAUAUAGGGAGUCGUGUUGUGCAAGAUCUAGCCGUGUUGUGUAAACGGAGUCCAGGGUAAAAUAUACGAGCACUGCACUCUAUCUGUCGGCUCAUUCAGAGGGCGGGUUGAUGAUUGGCUAACACACACGGUGCCACACGUUCGAUAUCACGUUGUCAACACGAUUCAUUCUACGCACUGGGGCCACUCAACUGUAGACGUGUCUCGCAGACGGACUGAGAGCAUUGAAUAUUAUUAUAGAGCCCAUCGUCAUCAUAACAAACUGCGACAUCAGAACACAGUGAAGCUUACGGAUUUGUAGUGUAUGGAUCGGUAUAAUAUAAAGGCAGGCUGAGAACCGCGUGUGGGAACUACAUUGGGAUAAUAUACACUGUAAUGGUCUCUGUAGGGAUCCACGGAGGCCUAGAUUGAGCUGAGAGGUAUACAGCCCGUCUGUACUGUGAGAUACAACCACGUGUAGUAAGGAGGCCACCAUGAUGGAAACACAAACAGACAGAGUCUUCACUGCGGAUUAUAUCAAGAAGAGGCGAAGGAGACAGGGGAGAAACGAGUUUCUCGUCAAAUGGAAAGGAUUUCCGAGUAGAAUGAACACGUGGGAGCCCAAGGACAACAUUCUGGACCCCGGGCUGAUCUUGGAAUUCGAGGAAAGGUUAGCGGAUGAGUAUCGGAAGGGAAGACCGGGUCGUAAGCCAGCUAAACUACUGAACCUAAAGGACUUGAAAAAUCAACGGCGGGAUUUUCUUGCGAAAUGCAAACAGGGGUUUUUACUUACGGAACACCAACCGAUAAUAAACCAAGAUCACACGACUAUUUCCUACGAGGAGGAUGAUGACAGCGAUUGCUUCAAAGAUGGAGCCGGCAGCUGUAAUGAUAUGGACAUUGACAGCCCAGACGCUAACGGUAACUUUGCACACUCAGACGGGAUGGAAAUUAUCCCACCGAAAGCCGUUAAAAAGCCCGCCUUCUUACAACUAAAUGAACGCCAUUUACCGGCUGGGAAUUGCCGAGACGCGAGGUCGCCGUUGGCCGGCUGCCUGCCGUCGCCAACAGUACCGAGACCGCCGAACAGCGCUACGUACGACCUCGGUAGCGACACGCCUCUGUCGACCACCAGUCCUGACUCCAAGCCACCAUCUCCUUCCAACGUCACCACGCCGACGAACACCGUCAAGCUGGGGAAGUUUGCCCUGCUCAGGAAGUACCGCAACUCGUUGGAGGAGAACUCUCAGAUCAGCGUGACUAACGUGACAAUAGGAGACGUUACCGUCGCCAUUACAGAGAGUAACACUCCCAGAGGAUUCUUCAGGAAGAUCGAACCCGAAUCUGUUUGCUGGUGAAGAGAAAUCCGAGAGAAGAAUACAAACAAACAAAAACAGAGGAAAAAUACAGCAUGAUUAAACUGCGAGAAUCUGACCGAUACUUCGGUACAAACGGAAGUUAUGUGGAAAUAUUAACCGGAGAUUCUUCCUAAAAGUGGAACAGUCUGAAAUGAGGAACAGUUCCGUGAUGAAACAAUGUAACCAAAGUUUACUUAAAAUGUCCAUCACUAGUGGCAGAAGUGGGAUAGCGAGAAUGAAUGUUUUCACCUACAGAAAGUAAUGAUUACUGAUAGAUCAUAUGAUGAUCUUAUCGUUAACUCCUCUUGUUAAAGGCACUGAACACCUUUUGUAAUUGUCGUCAAAGACCAGUCUUGUCACUUGGUGUAUCUCAACUAAU